UAAUUGUCGACAAAAGCUCUCACAAGCUUGUGUCGCCAGGGCGUCAAUUCUCUACAAAGGGAUGAACCCACAGAGACGAGGGCAAGCCGUUGCAUGUGAUAUGAUAUUGAUUUUUUAAAUGAUCAGUCGCUAUUAACUAACAUCUUCCGGUGAUAGCCUCAAUACUUACCACAUACACAACAGAGGGCAGCCUACAUAGGAUAUUCCCCUUCAGAUCCGCCAUGGUUCAUUGGUCGCUGCGCUACCUGCCUAUUGGCAUGGUUCUCGCUGUUCUUGUGGCAACAGUUGUUUACGUUGAGGUGAACCGGACCGAGGCGGACAAUGGGUCACCCCACGUGGCUCGGUUCAAGAGGCGGACCACUGCGCAUGGCAGUUCCAAUACCAACAAGAUACCAGUGACUGGAUACACAGGCGGCAUCAGCGGCGGAGGAGCUCAACUAUGGGCGACCCUCGGCGUCGUGUUUGCCUGCGUCGGUUUCAUCAUCUUCAUCGUGUGCUGCAUCAAGGCAUGCACGCCGAGCGACAACAUCUCACACUCUGUGUCAGACAAGAAAGAACCGGACAGUGAAGAAAGAUCCACAACCUUUGUUACUGCUGUCAGGCACAUCAUUGUAUCUGGUCCUGCAGACGGUCGAAAAGAAUACACACAAUGAACUUUGUCUUUGUAGACACUUAGCUGUGUACCUGAUGACAUGUUUAUAUAGUAUUUUGUAUAGUUACUUGUUUUUUCACCAAUUUUUCAGAUCCAACGUUUGAUUCUUGCAAAUGCAGAAAUGACGUGGUCCUUGUGUACAUAUAAUUGUUGACGCUAUGCUUCAAUGCACAGAACGUCUGUAAACUGUAUAUUGCUGGUUUAUUGUAGUGUUCUGCAGAGAAUACAUUCCAUUGUUAUAUAUGUGGUUGGGUGAUGAGUAGGUUCUUGUGGGUAGGAGGGGCUGGGGUUUUGGAUCGAGAUUAUAUAUUUUUUUCAGCUACAGCUGCAAAAGCAGCUAUUCUUUUUAUUUAAACCUGAGCCUGAUUUUUUAGCCUUCCUUAACACCUUUCAACAACGUAAUUUUUGUGGCAGACAAUUUGUUGUUGUUUUCAACAGGCAGAAGCAUAGUUAUUUUCGUCAAGAAUUUUCGGGAACAAGAUGUAAUCCCCCCUCCCGAAUAUCAUAUGAUUGGUCCCUUAAUACUAGACUAUAGUUCACAUAAUGGUUACAAUUAAGAAUGGAGUCAUUGAGACCUGUCAAAAUAGUGCAAUUGGCGUUAUGUAUUUAGAUAUUUUUUUAGCGCUCGGCGUUAAGGGAUUAUAACCUAAAUGUGCCUAUUCGCUCUACCAGCUUGUAAUUAGCUUAUUCAAUAAACUAUUCCAAUUUGUA